AUGCAGAUCUCCUUAAGCGAAAAGUGGCAUUAUAAGUCUACUCGAAAUCUUUUAUCAUUUCAAGAACAGCCAUUCUAUCCUCGUCUCUGUUUAGACGAGUGUAAACCCUACGUUCCGAUGGAUUCAAAUUAUCGUAAAUCUUUUGGUAAAAUUGGAGUUGUAAUUGAAGUUGAUGAAGGUGAAGUUGGAACAGAUGGAUCAGCAAUAGAAUUUAUAUCGGUUAUUGUUGAACAUUCAUUUUUUCCUAAUUUAAAUAAUGACAAGUAUUUAAUCAUCCUUUAG